UUUCGGGUGAAUCUUCAGUUUUCUCAACAUGUCUGCUUUCCCGCGGUUGCUCCGUGGGUCGCGUGCUGCCUUCGGGCGGCUGUCCGCAGAAACCUGCGUCAUUUCGGGUUUCAGAGCGAACUUUUCACGGCUCGGUUCGGCCCACCUGGACCGCAGGAGUUACACGAACCCUGCCGAACCUCGGACGGUUCGGAUCGGCUGCGCUUCCGGCUUCUGGGGGGACACCGCGACGUCAGUUCCUCAGCUGAUCUUUGGAGGGAACCUGGACUUCCUGGUCUUUGAUUACCUCAGUGAGAUCACCAUGUCCCUGCUGACCGCCGCCCGCACCAAGACCCCCGAUCUGGGCUACGCUCCGGACUUCGUCCAGGCGGCUCUGGCUCCGUUCAUUAACGACAUCCACAGGAAAGGUAUCCGCGUCGUCAGCAACGCCGGCGGCGUCAAUCCUCUGGGCUGCGCCGCUGCCAUACAGGAAGUGGUCAGAAAGGCUGGGCUGGACCUAAAGGUCGCCGUGGUGACUGGCGAUGACCUCAUGCCCCAUAGGCAUCUCCUGUCUGAAGUAAAAAUGGCCGACGACGGCGCUGGGGACCGACAGUCACUGCCAAAGACCCUGCACAGCAUGAACGCCUACCUGGGGGCCGAGCCGAUCCGCCGCUGCCUGGACCGCGGCGCCCACAUCGUGGUGACGGGACGCUGUGUGGACAGCGCCGUGGCUCUGGGCCCGCUCAUGCACGCCUUUGGAUGGACGAGCCGUGACUUGGACCUGCUCGCAGCAGGAAGCCUGGCAGGUCACCUGAUCGAGUGCGGCGCUCAGAGCACCGGGGGGAUCUUUACCGACUGGCACCAAGUCCCCGACUGGGACAACGUGGGCUUCCCGGUGGUGCAGUGUUGGCCCGACGGCACCUUGGUCCUCUCCAAGCCUCCCAGGACCGGCGGCCUGGUGUCCUUCGGCACGGCGGCGGAGCAGCUGGUGUACGAGCUGGGCGACCCGCGGCGGUACCUGCUGCCGGACGUCACCUGCGACUUCAGCCGGGUGGAGAUCCAGGAAGUGCCCGGAGUGGAAGGAGGAGCCGUCAGAGUCAGCGGGGCCAGAGGUUUCCCUCCAUCUCACGACUACAAGGUGUGCGCCACCUACAUGGACGGUUUCAGAGCGACGGCGGUGUGUCCUGUCGGGGGCCCGAGGGCAGCAGAGAAGUCCAGGAGAACAGCAGACAGCAUCAUCAAACGAACCAAACGGAUGUUUCACCAGCUCGGACUGGACGACUUCAAUGCCGUCAACGUCCAGGUGCUCGGAGCUGAAGACACUUACGGACCCAACGCCCGCUGCAAGGACUCCAGGGAGGCUGUGCUCUGGAUGGCGGUCCACCACAAGCAGAAGAAAGCUCUGGAGAUCUUUUCCAGAGAAGUCGCUCCUGCAGGGACCGGCAUGGCUCCUGGACUCACUGGCAUCGUGGGCGGGCGGCCCAAAGUGUCUCCGGUCCUGAAGCCGUUCUUCUUCCUGCUCCCAAAGUCUCAAACAAAG